AUGGGCAGUGGACAACCGCCGCUGUCAGUACUGUCUCUUCCUCAGUCUCGUUCGUCUCCUGAGUGCAUUGAUAACACGGCUGCCACUAGGCAUCGUUGUUCAUUCCUUAUAAAUCUUCAUGAACGAGAAUUCGAGCGUACCGGUGGUGAUACAAAGUGGCUAAGAGGCCUGAAAUAUGUGGAUGAGCCGAAAAUUCUAUACUUGGAUGACAUCAACAGGGUUUUAGCGCAUCAACCAUGGCUUUGUGAUGGCGAAUAUAUAACGGGCCUGGUGCAAGGGGAUGUACGGAUACAUUGGUCGCUUCACGACCUCGCCUUAGCAGUGAUCAUCCUUAGCCACACACACGCCCUGUGUUCAUUCGUACAUGGCGUUGGAGGUGUCUAUCCCAGCCAAAUGUUAGACUUUCAAAAAGAGUUUGGAUAUGUUGACUUUGCAGCUAGAAAGGAUCGAGCUAAAACAUUUAAGAUACACGAGUUCACUUGGGAUCAUGGCUUCAGCCUUCUCAACGAUCUCGUGCCGGAAUCUGCACAGAAUCUGGAUGAGAAGUUCGAGCUUACGCAGAGGCUCACGUACUCUUUCAUGGGUGGUUAUGAGAAUGUGGAUACGACGGUGUAUAGAAACGCUGUAUGGAACUACAUUCAUGCCCUUUUUGGUAUUCGCCAUGAUGACUACGAUUAUGCGAAGGUGAACACGUUGUUGUCGCGCGAUAUGAAGACAUUUGUGAAGACGGCGGCAUGUUUUCCUCAUCGUAUCACAGAGGACAUGCGAGAGUCUGUAAUGAAAGACUUUAAGAUGUCUGAAAAGGUGCGUUGUGGUUUGUUGACGACUCGAUGUAUGGUGUGGUCAAUAUUGAUGUAUAAAUAUAACCUGCCAGGAACACAUACACACGUACCGUACGUAUCAGCUGCUGCUUUCGUUUAUUAG